GGGUGCCAAAGAAUGGUAGAAGAUUGGGAAAAGAUCCUCCAAGUCCAUAGUCUAGUCCUGAGCCCCCAUGAGGAGCAGGAAGCAUGGCUGAAGUAUGCAUCUCUGUGCCGUAAGGCUGGGCAGCAAGACCCAUCGCAUAAAACUCUCAUAAUGCUCCUUGGCCAGAAUCCUUCUGAGGAUCCCAGUGAACCUCUCCCCUUUGGCCCUUCACCUCAAGUCGCAUAUGCUUAUGCCAAACAUCUCUGGAUGGGGAAUCAGAAGGAUGUGGCAUUCACGAAACUUCACGAGUUUGUGGACAGCAUUCUGCACCCACAAGUGAGGAACAUGAAUUCAGAGGACUUGGAGAUGCAUAGUGAACUGAACAGCCUCCUCGCCAAAUGUUAUCUUAGGUUAGGGAUGUGGCAAGAGGAAUUGGAGGGGGUCACUGCUUCGUCCAUCCCAGCUGUCCUGCAUUGUUAUACAGCUGCCACUCAACAUGACCCCAAUUGGUAUAAAGCAUGGCAUGCCUGGGCAUGCAUGAACUUUGAGGCUGUGCUCCAUCAUGUAGAGGAGGAUCCUAUUCAGUGGAAGCCUUACUGCGUUGCUGCU